GCUUUCAAAAGCAUGUUCUGUAGGAAUCACAUAAAGACCAUCUUCAUGGUUCUGCUGAGCACCACCAUCUGUACCCUAACCAUCAAUAAUGUUCCUUACAAAGACAUUAUGAAGAGCGCGAUGAACAACAGCAUAGUGGAGCAUUUCUUUCAUGAAGAAGCCUGUGCGUGUAUGGAGCGAUGUUUGGCUGCCAGUGAAGACAAGUGGUUCACGGAACGAUUCAGAAGAGAGGUCCCGCCGCUGCUGUCCCUCUGCAACAGCACUCUUCCAGAUCACAUCUACACAUGGUGGCAGAGUCUGCAGUCAAAGAGCAAAACUAGUUACUCUAAGGUGAUUCAGGAACUGUUCACGGUUGUUCCUGGAGAAGGACACUACACAGACGCUGGUCCUGAUCGCUGCAGAACCUGUGCUGUGGUGGGAAACUCCGGAAAUCUCCUAGGAACCAAAUAUGGAAAGCUUAUUGACAACCACGACUUUGUGUUUAGGAUGAAUAAGGCACCGAUUAAAGGUUAUGAGAAGGAUGUGGGGUCGAGGACGACCCACCGUAUCAUGUACCCAGAAAGUGCCACUCAUCUGGACAACAGCACCCACCUGCUGCUGGUGCCCUUCAAAACACUGGACCUCCAGUGGCUCACCAGCGCUUUAACUAAUGGGACCAUCAAGCGAACACGAAUGAAGGUUAUCAACAAGAUACAAGCCGACAAGAACAAGGUGAUGGUAAUGCACCCUGCUUUCAUGCAUUACGUGCACAAUACAUGGCUGCAUAUUAAAGCUCGAAGAUCUUAUCCAUCCACCGGCAUCCUUGUGUUAAUGUUCGCCCUCCACAUCUGCGACCAGGUCAGCGUGUUUGGCUUUGGCGCGGACAGCAAAGGCAAUUGGUAUCACUAUUUCGAAAAGAUACCCAGGUUCUUCAGGCGCAGCGGCAUACACAGGGGAGGGAUUGAGCAUGAGAUCAUUAAAGAGCUUCAGAAAAGAAAACUGAUCGAUCUUUACAAAGGAUGGUGAGGAGGACAAUAAGCUUGAUGUUGUUUAAUGAUAAUUGAUUGGUACUUUAUGAUAAGUAUAUUGUGAUAUACAAGUUGAAGUCUGAAUUAUUAGCUCCUCCUGCUACUGUUUGUACACUACCCUCCACUACUACAACUGUUUGUUUUUGCUCCAAUUUGCAAGUACAUACCAACCAAGGGUCGCAAAUCUGUCUGAUAAUCUAAAAAUCCAUAUCAUUUGUAA